GCCGGCUUUUGCAAAAUGAGGACCGCGGGCUUCCCCACACCAGACGCUGAGGCACCACAGUGGGCGGCCGUCUGAGACUUCAGGGUUUAGGGUCUCUGGAGGAAGUCCGCUUGCCCUCUGUGCAAGGAAAGAGGUUCCCUGGCAGGCUGGACCCCCUCUUUGGAGAGCAGAACCCAAAGGGACCAGCGCCUCUUGAGGUUUGUGAUGGAUCGUGUCAGGGUCAGAGGAGGACGCGCGCGCGCGCAGCAGGUGCAGGAGCAGGAUGGAUAUGAACAUGACGCGUCCGGACAACGCCACCAUCCUGAUGCUGCGGGACCCGACCAUCGCCGUGGUCCUGCCCGUCGUGUACUCGCUGGUGGCACUGGUCAGCAUCCCCGGCAACCUGUUCUCGCUGUGGGUGCUGUGCUGUCACAUCGGGCCCAAGUCCCCGUCGGUGAUCUUCAUGAUCAACCUGAGCGUCACGGACCUCAUGCUGGCGAGCGUGCUCCCGUUCCAGAUCUACUACCACUGCAACGGGAACCACUGGGUGUUCGGGGAGGUGCUCUGCAACGUGGUCACCGUGGCCUUCUACGCCAACAUGUACUCGUCCAUCCUCACCAUGACCUGCAUCAGCGUGGAGCGCUUCCUGGGCGUGGUGUACCCGUUGGCUUCCGCGCGCUGGCGCCGGCGACGUUACGCGGUGGCCGCGUGCGCCUGCGUCUGGCUGGUAUUACUGGGCGCGCUGUCCCCGCUGGCGCGCACCGACCUCACCUACACCGUGGAGGCGCUGGGCAUCGUCACCUGCUUCGACGUGCUCAAGUCCACCAUGCUGCCCAGCGUGGCCAUGUGGGCCAUCUUCCUCUUCACCCUGUUCAUCGUGCUGUUCUUCAUCCCGUUCGUGGUCACCGUGGCGUGCUACACGGCCACCAUCCUGACCCUGCUGCGCUCGUCCGACGUGCACGGCCGCGGCCAGCGACGCCGCGCCGUCAGCCUGGCCGCCGUGGUUCUGCUGGCCUUCGUCACCUGCUUCGCGCCCAACAACUUCGUGCUGCUGGUGCACAUGGUCAGCCGCCUGUUCCUGGGCGGCUCCUACUACCACGUGUACAAGCUCACGCUGUGUCUCAGCUGCCUCAACAACUGCUUGGACCCCUUCGUGUACUACUUCGCGUCCCGCGAGUUCCAGGAGCGGCUGCGCAGGUACUUGGGCUACGGGCGGCUGCCGACCGGGGGCCGGGACGCGCGCCGGGACACCCUGUUCUCCGCUCGGACGCUGUCGGCGCGCUCCAUGUCAAGCGGCCCCGGCGACGGGCUCGACGCGCCCAGCCGGCCCUCCCUCAAAAGGCAGGAGAGCGUGUUCUGAGCCGCGCCCCCCCGCAGUGCGCGCAGUAGAGAGGUGCGGGACGAAGGGGCGGUGCUCUUCCCCGCCCGCCUGCCCCCUGCAGCCGCUGCUACUGCGUCCGUGCGCAUGGACAGGGUCCCCGGAGGGGGGGGGCUCGAGUCGGGUGCCCCAACACAGCCGCAGGGUGCAGGGACGCAGCGUGCCAGGCGCACUGGCCCUGCUCCCUGAGGAUGACCACCCAACCCGACCUGGCCGAGCGCCCAGCCAGCCCAGCUGAGUCCCCAUCGACCCGCAACAUCCGCCUGCCUGGUUCUCUGUGCCUCUCGCUCGGGGACGCCAGUGACACCUGAUGCUCCCCAGCCUGGCACAGCUUGGACUUGGUGCUCACACCGCCCUCGGUCACUGUGCGCGCUGGGAUUCACCCCCGCGAGGCUGCCCCCGGCUGGGUCUCUGCAUCCUGCUCCCAGCGGAGAACCCCGAGUCACAGGCAAGGCCUCCCACGUGUGAGGUUGGCCUCGUGCACCUGGCCUGACCCAGGCACCCAGCAAGACGGCGGACUGCACAAGCCUGUGGGAAGACCAGAGCCCAAGGCUCCUUUGUGCCUACUGGCCGCCUGAGCACACGGGCAGGGGCUUCCUUAUCUCCUCCUGAGCCCAGGACACAGCUGUGCCAGCCCCAAGAUGCAUGGUGCUUCGGGAAGACAAGGAACCGCAUCCCCACGGGGUCCGGGAUGCCAAAACAGUGCGUUUCCAGGAGCCUGAGAUUUGCCUGAAACAGCAAAGUUUCUGAUACUUUCUUCAUCACAAGGCGAUGCACGGUUUCGGCUCAGGGGCCUUCCUGGGGCAACGGCUGCGGGGCAGGCAGCCUCCCCACAGGAGGUCCGAGAUACAGAUGGAGAUUGAUAGCUGCCGUCCAGGGGCCCCUGGGGGCACCUGCUCCUGCCAUCACUGUUUUGGAAGGAAAACAGACACACCUGUUCUGGAGCGAAUAGUGACCCCAAACCCGUGUCCACCCAGGACCUCGAGGUGUGAUCUCCUGGAUCGGGGUGGCCCUAAAUCCAAUGACAGGUGCGCUUAUUAAAGACAAAAGAGGAGACAGAGAUACAGAGGAGAAGCCACGUGAAG